AUGGAAAAAUUCUUGGUUAGAGAAGGCUCAUCAGCUGCUAAGUCUGCGACUGAAUGUACUGAUACAAAUGGACCUCCAAGCAAAAAGGCUAAGUCGCUGAUUAGGCAGUACAAGGAAGGAUGUCUGGCUUUCGGCAAAAACAUCGAUUACUUCAAGCGAUUGCAGGAAGAUAACUCAAAGUCAAGUUCCUUCAUGAAAUCGAGCGCAAAAGUUUCUGAAAGGGCUCAAGAGGUCAGCUAUAAUUUUGCACGGUUAAUAGCCAAAACGAAAAAUCCAUACGCUAUUGUUGAAACGCUUAUUUUACCAGCGUGCAAAGAAAAUGUACGGGGAAUGCUAGGACCCGUAGCAGAGAAGGAGGUGUUUCGAGUGCCACUUUCUGACGACACUAUCAGGAGACGAAUUGAUGACAUGUCGGGUGACAUAGAAGCAACAUUGGUAGAGAAAUUACGAGUAGCUGGAAAAUUUGCAUUUCAAGUUGAUGAAUCAACAGGCAUCGGAAGCAGUGCACAAAUCAUAGCCAGUGUGCGCUUUGUUGAUGAGAGACGCAUUAAAGACCAUUAUCUUUUCUGCAAAGAACUUCCUCGACGUGCAACCGGUGAUGAGAUAUUCCGCGUUACAGAUGAAUAG